GGCAGCGCUGCCCGCACGAGUGGCUGGCGGCGGUGUCCCUCCUCUUUUUUUUUCCGGCAGCGGCGGCGGCGGCGGCAGCGGCGGCGGCGGAUCAUUGUUGUGUAGGAGGAGGGCGGCGGGGAUGGACUUGAUCUCUCGGGUCUCCUGCUAAGGCGGCAGCACAGCGCGCCCCGCCGCCCAGCCAGCGCCGCGCCGGGCAGGGAGGGACCGGACCGGCCCCCCGCCCGCUCCCCGGCUCUUUAUUUUUAGGGGGCUCUGCUACUCCUCUCCCUCGCCCUUAUCUCCCCCCCACCCCCUCCCCGCCCGCACACACGCACAGGGACACGCACGCACCCUCCUCCGGUGCCCUUUCAUCCUUCCCCCCCUUCCUCCUGCCGCGGCAGAUGCGCCGCGGGUCACCGCGCAGCUGGGACUAUGGUGAAAUUUCCAGCUCUCACUAACUACUGGCCCCUGAUCCGGUUCCUGGUCCCUCUCGGCAUCACUAACAUCGCCAUCGACUUCGGGGAGCAGGCCUUGAAUAGGGGCAUCGCUGCUGUCAAGGAAGAUGCUGUGGAAAUGUUAGCCAGCUAUGGGCUGGCAUACUCCCUGAUGAAGUUCUUCACGGGUCCGAUGAGUGACUUCAAAAAUGUAGGUCUGGUGUUUGUGAACAGCAAGAGAGACAGGACCAAAGCAGUUUUGUGCAUGGUUGUGGCUGGCGCUGUAGCUGCUGUAUUUCAUACCUUAAUAGCAUAUAGUGAUUUGGGAUAUUACAUUAUUAAUAAGCUGCACCAUGUGGAUGAAUCAGUGGGAAGUAAAACUCGGAGGGCCUUCCUAUAUCUUGCUGCCUUCCCUUUUAUGGAUGCCAUGGCAUGGACCCAUGCUGGGAUUCUGCUGAAACACAAGUACAGUUUCCUAGUGGGAUGUGCCUCCAUCUCAGAUGUCAUAGCUCAGGUUGUUUUUGUAGCCAUUUUGCUUCACAGUCACUUGGAGUGCAGGGAGCCUCUCUUGAUCCCAAUCUUGUCCUUAUACAUGGGAGCACUUGUCCGAUGUACCACACUCUGCCUCGGAUACUACAGGAACAUACAUGAUGUUAUUCCUGACAGAAGUGGGCCUGAAAUGGGGGGAGAAGCUACAAUAAGGAAGAUGCUGAGUUUCUGGUGGCCUUUGGCAUUAAUUUUGGCAACUCAGCGAAUAAGUAGGCCCAUUGUCAACCUUUUUGUCUCCCGGGACCUAGGUGGCAGUUCUGCAGCCACUGAGGCAGUAGCAAUUUUGACAGCUACAUAUCCUGUGGGACACAUGCCCUAUGGCUGGCUGACAGAGAUCAGAGCUGUAUACCCUGCUUUUGACAAGAAUAACCCCAGCAAUAAACUGGUGAACACCAACAGCACUGUCACAGCGACGCAUAUCAAGAAGUUCACUUUUGUUUGCAUGGCAUUGUCCUUAACGCUCUGUUUUGUGAUGUUUUGGACGCCAAACGUGUCAGAGAAGAUAUUAGUUGACAUAAUUGGAGUAGACUUUGCUUUCGCAGAGCUGUGUGUCGUUCCUUUGCGCAUCUUCUCCUUUUUUCCACUUCCAGUGACUGUCAGAGCACACUUGACUGGUUGGCUGAUGACUCUGAAGAAGACAUUUGUGUUGGCACCCAGCUCAGUGCUGCGGAUUAUCGUCCUCAUCACCAGUCUCAUUGUGCUGCCUUACUUGGGAGUUCAUGGAGCCACUCUUGGAGUAGGAUCCCUUCUCGCUGGUUUUGUAGGAGAAUCCACCAUGGUUGCAAUAGCGGCCUGUUACGUCUAUAGGAAACAGAAAAAGAAGAGGAACGAGAAUGAGACAGCUGCAGAAGGCGAAGACUCUGCAAUGACCGACAUGCCUCACACGGAGGAAAUGACAGACAUCGUAGAAAUGAGAGAAGAGAAUGAAUAAUAAAUGGGAUGCAAUUGUUCUCUGCAGGGACGAUUGGAGUGACGCUUCAGCAUCUUGUCGUCUCUCAUACUUUUUUGUUUGUUCGUUUUUAUUUUUGUAAUAAAGAGGCCUUGAUUUAAAAGGUUUCAGAUAAAUUCUCUAGCAUACUGAGUAUGCUCUCACUGAUGAGGGACCUAAAAAGAGGUCUUUGCUUCUUUUUUUUUUUUCCCAACUGAAUUUUUUUUUCUCACUCCAUGCAGGCAUAAAAGAUACAAUUGCAUCACUGUAGAGUCUUCCUUACUUAAGCAUCCACCUUCUCUGGACAAUCUGCAUUUGUCAACCAAAGCCCUGCUCCCAUGCACCUGUGUGUGUGCGGCCCUGCGCUCGCACGCUCACACAUGCACACCGCCACGUGCCACUGGCUCAAUGCUACUGCCAUAACCCCACUCCCUCCCCUCUCUCCUUUUCCCUCCUUUUCUUUAUGAGAAAUGGAAAAGAAGUUUGGAAUACAGAGCUUUAUUUUACUUGCUUGAAAAUGACUUUGCUACAUAAACUAAUAUACUAUGGUGAACUAUAUCUUUUUGUUUGGCCUCAUCACUAGAGCUUAUACUGCACAGGGUAUAAGACAGGGAGGAACGUGGGAGUCUCCCCAGAAAAAGCGGAGAAAAACAUGUUCCUCUCUCAUGUUGAAAGUAUGUGGGUGUGUAUGCACACACACACAGGUACAUGAACAGAGACAUAUAUAUAUAUUUAUAUAUAUGUAUGCAUAUGAUGAAUAAAAUACACACAGGACAAGAACUCUAUUUAGCUUUCAUUCCAUCAGAAAGAUAGUAAUCUUUUGAAAAAUAUAAACAUUGAAUUCAGAAUUUUCUUGACUCAUUAAGUCCCACCUUACAUAUAAUUUUAUUUAGGAAAAACAUGCACUUUCCUCUUGUAAAGAGGGUGAUGGCAACUGAUGGACUUUGACUGUAUUUGAAUAAAACAAAAAUAAAUAUUGACAAGCUUUACCAAAGUUCUUGUCCACCGAUCUAACUUUAAUUUUAAAGGCUGAUUCAUUCUCUAUAAUUAUUUCUGGUGCCUCUAUAUUAAAAAAGAAUAAGAUCAGAUAAUGUAUGCAGGAUACCAUGCUAGAUAACAUUACUACACAUAGUUCAAUAGAAUUUUUUAUAUAGAGAUGUACACAUACUCUUAUGUGUAUGUGCAUGUGUGUAUAUACAUUUCUAUAUACAUGCACACACACACACAAAUGUAUGUUUUGCUGUAAUGUAUUUACCUAUGCAGUAGAUUGAAGUCCAUAUGGUGAAGCUCAAGUACUGAUGGUCCUCCAAGCUGAAAAUUAGGCACUUUGAUGGUCUGUUGGCUCUCAAGGCAGCGUUGUGUGGGAGCAAGGAGCCAUUCACAUCAGCCCUGCGGAGCUGUGUGCUCCGUGUGCUUGUGGCUGGAGUGCGCCUUAAAUAACAGUGUGAGGUCAGGUGGGAGACUCAGAUUAGGUGGAAAUGAAGGCUGUGUAAGAGGUGAGGGAAGCAGGGAGGUUUUGGGUGUCACUGAUGCUGCUGUGGCAGCAGCUUGUGUUUCUGUGCUCUUCUGUGUUUGGCUGCGGGGCAGCACUUGUUACUGGUCUGUAGUAGUUCGGGUCCUUUCAAAUUUAAUCAUGUCAGAGUCUGGAAACCAUUAUCCUCCAUCCUAUAUCCAUAAAUCAGUUAAUUUAAACCUUAUUUAGUAAAAGUAUAUUUUUCUAAGUUAUGGAAAUUAUUAUUUAAUUGUGGACAAAUUGUUUCUAGAUUUAUUUGCCAGGUAGUCCCAGCAGUCAGAGAACUGAUCAAAACUAAACAUUACUUAAAUGUUUUAUCAGUAUAUGUGUGUGUAGACACACACAUGUGUAUAAAUAUAUAUAUAUUGUAUAUUAUGUACAUUUCUUUUAAACCACAAUACGUUUGCUAUUUUUCCAAGUUAAAAAUGUCCCUACAAAAUGUCUCUACAAAACUACUGAGUUGACUAGUAACCAGUUAUGACCAUCAUGAAAGACAUUGUAUCAAUGAACUUCACAACUUAUUGGAAAGAUGUGAACCAAUCUGUUACAUGUGCAAAUACAGUAAGAAAGAAAUGGAGAAGUUACUGUGUUAACUGACAGAUUUGCAAAAUCAGUUCACAGUUAAUGAGCAGCGGCACUAGGAGGGUAAGACUAAAACCAUGUAGUAGCUAGUAACCAUGUUUGCAGUGUCACCACAGGGUAAAUACUUUUUAACAGUAGUUUAAAACAAAUUCUUUUUAAAAACCAUCAGACAAAUUAAUGUGUGCAGGAUGUAGGCUGUACACAUUCAUGAAUACAGGUUCGCAAGCAGUCAUAUGUAUAUAAUGUGUAUAUAGACAAUUACAGAUCACAGUGGCCAUUUGAGGUCUCCUCUAUUAAUGUAGUUUUGGUUUCUCUGGUACAUUUGUCUCCAAGUACACAAGAUGCAGUUUUUCAGGAACUGUAGAGAUGAAACAGAAAAAUAUUUUUGUGUAAUGUUUCUUUUGGUACAUGACUAAAAUUUAAACAGCAGUAUUUUUGAAGAAUUUUGAGCAUUACCAUGGAGCAUUACCAGUACCAUUUCAAGGUAAUGAUUGCACCAAAAAGUAAAAAUCUGAAAACAAAGGAUAACACUGAGGCUUUUACUUUAGAUAAAAGAUGAACAGAUAUAAAAAAAUGAAUUAUUGCUCAUACAGAGCUAAACAAUGCUAAUGGCAUUGUAAAAGAUAAAUUUUCAGUUGUGUGUGUAAUACUAGUGCUUUAUUUUGCAAGAUACUGAAUGAGCACGGGAGUGGUAGGAUUUGGGCAAGAAUUGAAGCAGUGACAUAUCGAUACCUGUACUGCAUCUCUUUCUGCUUCCUGCAGGUCAUGUCACAUUUCUCUGCUGAAUUAACAAACUGUGAUGACAUUUCUGCAGGGAGUGGGUCUUAGCCAGCCCCUCAUGCUGGCCCAGGUGCUUGCUGGUGGGAAGGCAGGGUGCUCAGUGAGGAGGGAGCUCUUGCUCUGUCCCUUGCAAACACUGGGCCUACUUCUGGAACUGUUGGCAGGAGCUUCAGCAACCUUCUGAAACCUCGCUGCUCCCUGUUAGUGGGACAACUGUGGGUUGGGAGUGGGCAGACAUCCUCUGUGGCCAAAGCCCCAGUCAGAGCAUCACUGAUAGUGUCUCUAUCAGGUAGGUGCUGGUACAUGCCCCGUCCUGCACUUUUCCUUUCCAAAAGUGCUUCCUUGAGUUAUAGUAAAAUGGCUUACCGGUGUCUCUCUUGUGCUGUUGCUUAUGAAAUAGCUGUCUCUCUCAGUGGCAAUUAUUUUGCAAUAGAAACCCAUCUUGUUUCUGUGUCAGAGAGCUGGAGCACAGUCAUCUCAAUGAAUUCAUGUGGAGACUUAGCCUUUCCAGAUUGAAUUGCACAAUCAAAUUUACAGUAAAAAGAGAAAAAAAGUUGAUCUGCGUCUUACAUCUUGUGUUGCAGAGUAGCUCACACAGUGGGAAAUAAGAGCAGAACACCAAUAAGCUGUGGAUUAAUGUUCCUCUGCUUUUAAUACGUACAUAAAGUUGUGUUAAUGUGUCUUGACUUUCCUUUUUCAGAAUUAAGAGAAAACACUGCAGGUUUUUUCCCCUCAGUGCCCUAAGCGGGCUCUCAUACUCACCAAGCACGGGACUUGAUGGACAAAGCUCUGCACUUCUCAGCCAGUGCCUGAAGCCGUUUGGGUGCAGCAGCGGGCUCCCAGGCAUGGGGAGUCCCGCUCCCCAUCCCCCCUGGCACAGCCAUUCCAGGCAGCAGGGCUCAGAUCCCUGCUUGUUUAGAUAGAGCCACCCUAAGUGAGAGAAUUGGGUAAGUAACAGAGAUGUCCUUUUGUUUUCUACUCAUUUUGCUGCUAAAUAUUGCCUUGGAGCAGGAGAUUUGUAUCUGGCUCUUGCUCGGUGUUUCACCGAAUCUGCAGCCAGAGAGAAGCAGCCCCAGACGGAGGAGGGUUGGCUGAUGAAUGCAGCUGAUUCAGGGCAGGCCACGGCCCACGAACAGAAACCUUUUGAAGGCAGGAGCGCCUUCUUUUGUGGGAUGGCGCCUCAUGCUUAAAAAGAAGGGAGAAAGGCUGCUUUCAGGCCCGGGCAGCCAGAGGCGUUGGGCAUAGUUCUGUGUUGGGCUGCAAGGUUGCAAGGGGAAGAGAGCAUCCUGCGGUUUCAGCAUUCCAGCCCCGCUGCUGGUGAAGUGCAGGACAGUGUAGGGCAUGGCCAGGCGGCAGGACCGAGGUCUUGUGGUAGUGGCAUGGUUGGCAGAAGCUCAAGUGCAGCUGGUUGUGCACCUGGGGAUAGUGGCAAUGACCCUUGGAAAGCCAUGUAUAUGUGUAUGGGUGUGUGUAGGACAGUGUUGCACAGGCAAGUUUGUUAUGACUUUGGAAUAGUUCCUUGGAACAAGGGUUCAAGUCUAAACAUGAUCUCAACUCAUACCAAGCCAUUUUUUAAAAUGCAAUUUAAGCUACAUAAAAGAGUAAAUGAAACAGCAGACCUUAUACCAUUAAGCUAAAACAUGAUUUAGAUUAGUGAGCAGGAAUGGGAAAGAAAGAGGACAUGUUGAAAAUCUUAGAGAUACUGUAUAUCCCUCCUAAAGACAGCAGCAUGAUAUGGAGAUGAGAGUAUCAGAGGGCAGAAAACACCAAUUUCCUUUCAGCUGUCCUGGAGAGGGACUGAAGAAUGAGGAACAGUGUGUCCAUGUAACAAACUGUUGGUUUCCCAGUAGAGGAUCUUUCAGAGACAGGAGUGUGAAACACCUUUCAAGAUGAUUCAAGCAGAAAUAAACCAGCAUGCAGAUUUUAUAAUGUGCAUAAGGAGGCACUGCACAUCUUCCAGUUUUUGAGUAACUGACAGGGCUGCAUUGGGGAAAUGUCACUUAAGUAUUAAUUAAACAUGACAAAAUCACAAUUUCAAUAGCAAAUUGGCGUGUCCCAAAUACCAGCUUAACCAUAAUAUGUUAGGAUUCCCUUCCCUUGUUGAUGUUUAGCUUUCUACUAGAGUAAAGCAAACUAUCUAUUUUGAAGGGAGUGAGGUCCUGUGGAGGGGCUGCAGUGCAGAACAGGCUGUGGGGGCUUGUGGUAGAGUCCCAGGUAUGAAGAGCAGCUCUGAAUUUAUUUUGUGCCCUGCAACACAUGGUAGCAGUCUGGCAGCAUUGUGAAACGAGGCAGAAAUUGUUCACUUAGCAGCAAACUGGGUCCAAGCGUGGUCGCAAGCUGCAGCAGCCCUGCAGAGCAGCAGGAGGGCGGCAUGGGAUGCAGGGUAGCCCUGGCUCCAAGCUUGGGCUCAGGCAGCUUGUGUGGACUUGCUUUGGAGAGCCGAGUUCAAUUGCCAGCGCAGAGAUGCAGUACUCAGCAAAACCACUGCCAGACUGCUCAGUAAUUGGCACCUUCUGAACAAAAAGGCUAAAGACAAAAUAGGGGGGCAGACAGAUCGAGCUUUAGGCUCAGCUUGGAGCACAGACUAGCACAGAAGGGCAUUUUGGCUGCAGCUCCUGCAAAUUAAUUGUAGGGUUAGAGUGAGCUUCAGUCUCAGCAUUUCAUAACCGUGACCUCCAAUCCAUCUCAGUAAAACAGAAGAAUGGCAGUAUAUUUCUAGGUGCUCUUUUGUCUAUUAAUCCCAAGGGGAAACUUUUCCUUAGCUUUACCAAACGUUGUCAAUGCUCAAAUUGAUUUAUUAGUUUUACCUCAUUAUUUUCUGUCAUUCCGAGUUCAGUGUCUUCAGACAUUUCCUCAUUUUCUUCUGAAAGUUUCCGCUAGGCUUAUUUUGUCUGUUGGCAUUUUGAGAAGGAAAAUGUAAUUGUCAUGCUGACUGGAUGUCAACUAAUGCUGUGAUUAAAAAGUAGCUUACAACAAAA